AAAACAAUAGAAAAUAGUGGGGGUCAAGAGAAAUUUCAAUCUUCUGUUUGAUAACGUAAAUAUGGACAUACUGUAGUUAUAUUGGUCAACUCAACUUCAUGAAAGAAAGUGUAACUCUAAAUACAUUAACCUAAACAUGAGUUUCAUUUUGAAAAGAAUUCCAAAACUGAUACCGUACAUUCUCUUUAACUUAUAUGAUAAAAUCUUGUAUCCUCACCCUAUAUAUUCUUAGUAUCUGUUCAUAUCAAAAUCCAGCCCAGCUUUUAAGCAUAAACAAAAUAAAAAAGACAAGGAAAAAAAAAAGAUUAACCAAUAAGAUGGGAAGCAAAGCUGUUGUCUCAGUCUACUUAAUUAUUUCACUGUGUGCUGCCAUCUUUGUCACUCGUGGAGUAGCUCAAAUGCAAAAUCCUCAGGCGAUUCCAGGACUUUUUCCACCUGGCUUAGUACCUAUUGAUCUCGUCAAAUGUUGGUCGUCUCUCUUUACCGUCCAAGGAUGUGUCCUGGCAAUCUCCAACUCAUUUUUUUCUGGAAAAUUUGAAAACGUUGAAGCGGCAUGCUGCAAGGUGUUUUCAACUUUAGAUGCAAACUGUUGGCCUCAUAUGUUUCCUUUGAAUCCUUUCUUCCCUCCUCUCCUCAAGGACAAUUGUGCGCGUAUCAUCCCUAACUCCCCCGCACACAACUGAAAGGAACAAUGAUUGUUUGUCUACAGUUUUAGACUAGUAUAUUAGCUUCAAUGUCUAAGUUUUUCAUGUGUGAACUCAAUUAUUAGGAGAGCCCUAUAUUUACCUUUUCCUCAAUAAAGUGAAAUUUUAGCAAUAUCUACAACUCUUGUCAAUGUGUCUUGGUCACAUUAUAGUUAUAUAAUUACAAAUACAUCAACGAAAAUGGGUUUGUUAUCUAUCCUCAGUUGGCUAACCAUGUAAAAUAACAUAUCGGAAAUUAAAACUCA